AUUGCCCCGAUGUCGCUCGCCGCCCUGCAGCUCGCAGCUCGUUGCCGACAAUGUAGUGGAACUAUGCGACUGCUGAGGCAGACACCUCAGAGACCAUUCCACCACAGCGCCGCGGUUCUCGCUCGGCGGGAGAAGAAACCACCUGCCCUGUCGAAGAAGCAACUAGCUGCAAAGGAGAGGAAGCGGGCCAAAAAGGCACCCAAGAACAUCUACGAUAGCGAGAAGAUGACUUUGACGGAUGCGGUGGAGGUCUUGAGGGCCGUCGAAGUUGCGUCGCCGAAUGCUACAUACGAACUCGUUGUCAAGACUGAGAUGGGCAAAGGCUCCACCAUACCAAAGGGUCGUUUCGAUUUGCCCAGGCAGACGAAGGAGCAGACGAAGGAUCGCAUUUUGGUUUUUGCUGAGGGUAGACAGGCGGAGGAAGCGAAGAGGGCCGGGGCAGAUAUCGUCGGCGGUCUCGAGUUAGUCGAAGGUAUCAUCAGUGGCCGCCACCAGGCCACCAUGUUCCUCUGCAGUCGCGCCCUCAUUCGCCCUAUUACGCCCAGGCUUGGACGUGUGCUUGGACCUCGUGGUUUGAUGCCUUCCGAACGUAGGGGCACCGUUACGGACGAUAUCGCUGGCUAUAUUCGGAGGUUGAAGGGUACGAGCGAAUGGAAGGGCGACAAGGAGGGCACCAUCAGGCAGCCUAUAGCGAAGAUGUACUUCCCUGUCACCGAUGUAGUCAAGAACAUCCGGUACUUCUUGGGUGUCGUGAAGCGUGCUACAGGUAAUGUUCGCGAUCCCCAAGUGGACUCCAACAAGAAGGAGACCAGCCAGAAGCCUGUCAAUGCGAUCACUCGCGUCUUGCUCAGUACCCAGCAAGGACCGAGCAUCCAGAUAGCGGAUGCGUAGUAUCGCGGAGCUUUUGAUUACUGUCUUAUUGAACUGUAUAACCCGUAAUGGCAAUCAGGUUUCCCUAGUGGUAAACUCGAUC